CAUCUUUCCAGAAUCAAAUCCUACCUCGAUUAUAAGCUGAAUAGACUUAGAAGUAAAAGAAGGAUGAGUUCGACUCAAACAGGUGGUUGGUGGUUAAUUGGUUCUGCUUUAACUGGUGUUGCUCCAGACAUACUCAAACUAUUAAGCUCACUAUUAAUCUCAAUCCCACUCUCGAUUCCAAUCCCACAUCUUCAAAAACUAAACCCAAUCUAUUUUCACAUCUAUUCAAUCUCAAUCUCAAUUUAUUUUCUAACCGGUAUCUUUAAUUUAAAAUCAGGUUUCAUUCAACUCUUAUUAGAUUCAUUGAUCACUUAUUUCAUUUGUCAACAUUAUAUUAUUCCAUUAAGUCAAGAAAAAGAUAAAGAUGGAUCCAAGAAAUCAAAAGCAAAACGAAUGGUUUGGGGAAUCUUUGCUGGUUUAUUAACUCAUCUUACUUUUAAUCAUUCUAAAAGGAUUAUUUGGAAGAUUCCUUAUGAAACAGUUGAAAUCACAGGUGCACAAAUGGUUUUAGUGAUGAAACUUUCUACUUUUACUUGGAACGUUUAUGAUGGUCAUCAUAGAUCUAAAGCCGAAUUAGAUUCAUACCAAUCCAUCACCUCGAUCACCAAAUUACCAAGCUUAUUAGAAUUCUUAUCAUACUGUUUUUUCUUUCCUUGUUUACUUGUAGGACCUGCCAUUCCAUUUAAAGAUUACAUGAAUUUCUAUUCAAGAAAUAAUCUUUCAUCUCCCAAUAGGUUUCAAGAUAGUUUUAAAUCAUUAAUCUUAGGCUUUGGUUUUGCUGGAUUGGUUGGAAUUUAUGGUUCAACUUGGUCUUAUGAAAAGAUGUUAGAAGAUCAAUUUUUAAACAAAUCCUGGAUCCAAAGGUUUCUUCAUGUUCAAAUCGCAGGUUUUAUGGCCCGUUCACGUUACUAUCUAGUCUGGCUCUUUGCUCAAGCCUCUGUCACAAUCUCAGGUUGUGGUUAUAAUCCAAUCACUCUUAAAUCAGAUAUAGGUCAAAACAUUGAUAUUACCAAGAUCGAAUUCGCUCAAAAUUAUAAAGGCAUCUUUGAUCAUUGGAAUAUGAAAACUAAUAUUUGGUUAAGAGAAACGGUUUAUAAAAGGGUGUCUGAAUUGAACAUUAAAGAAAGUGAUGGGAAGGUUAAAGUUAAGAAGCCUGGAUUUGGUUCGACUAUGGCCACUUUUGCUGCUUCUGCUGCUUGGCAUGGACCUUUACCCGCCUACUUUUUUGUUUUCUUAUCUGGUGGAGUUUUACAAGCAUUAGCCAGAUCGAUUCGAAGAUCGAUCCGACCGUUCUUUUUAAAUUCUUCAUCAACCUUAGCACUUAAAUCAUCUUACGAUUUCCUUUCAUUAAUCUUAACUCAAACUAAUUUAAAUUAUUUAGUGAUUCCAUUUGUUUUAUUAGAUUUAAAAAAAUCUUACUUGGCUUAUCGUUUACUUGGAUUCUAUGGUCAUCUUUCGGUUGGGAUCUUAUUGAUCUUCUUAUGGGGUUUUGGAUUUGAAAAGGUUUUGAUUAAAAAACUUUCAAAUUCGUCGGAUCUGGUUACUAAAAAUUCUAUUAAUUCUACAACAUCUAAUACUAGUGUUGAGAAUUCAAGUAAAUUAGGCAUUACUGAUUGUAUGAAUCCUAAUAUGACCGUUUUACAAUAAUCAAUUGGAUUAUGGUUUUUUAUUCCUUUCCAUUUUUCUUUUGAUCUUUUGAUUGUUCAAGACUGGCUCAAAAUCAAAAUUUGAUGGUUUUUUUUUGUUUCUUUCUUUCAAAACUUUCAAAUUCAAUCCUAUUUACAAUCUUUUUCUUUCUUUUGCGAUGUAGUACAGGCACUCAGUCUCGCGGAAAAAGAUACGACAUCAGUUUUCAUUUUAUCUUUAUAAAAUCUCUUCUAUAUAAAAUCUCUUUAUUUGUUUGUCUAUUUGUUAACUUUUCUUGAUAAUCUUCUCAAAUAAAAUUUUAUUCUUACAUAUAGAGUUUUUAACACU